CAACGUGUCUUUCUCACAUGCAUAAUAACAACAAUAUGAUUGUAAUGAUCGAUGCCCCCUCGCCGGCUACGUCGCUUCCGCAAGUCUGUUAUUCUUUUCCGUCCAUCUCUCCCUCUGGAGGCGGCUAAAUAACCGCCGCCGUCGGCUACACGUGCGGCGGUCAAAUUUCUGUGGGGGGGUUUCGAUCAAUUCUAUAUUUCUCUGUUAGGUUUAUUCAUUACGUCUCGAUUUUGCAAGGCAUCUAUUCCACUUUCUGUCUCGUUCUCCUCGUGAGAUGACGAUGUCCUGGCGCGAAUGGUUUCUUGGGCAUUUAGCUGAUGAUUUCAGUUUCUGACGACAAAGCCAGGUAUCUGCACAAGUACAUCGCAUGGGGGAAAUCGAAGAAGCAAGUACGAGCUCCAAUGUGAAUGGUGGGAAAAAUAAGCCAAAGCUUCUGGGUAAAGCCCUCCAUCUUCCUCCGUCUUCAUCGGCACCGGCGGGUUUGAAGACAUCUGAGCUCACAAUCGAAUAUUGUUGCGUAUACAGAGUGCCAACCCGGCUGAGAAGGGUGAACCCUGAAGCCUACACGCCUCAGAUGCUCCUCCUCGGACCUCUUAACCAUUCUUUAAAAGCUGAAGCAGCCACCAAAAGAUCCUCCUCUGAUGAUCCAAGGUACUUGGACUAUCUAAAUAUGGAGAGCCAUAAGCGGAAGUAUCUAGCGGAGUUCGCCCAACGUUAUGGGGGAGCAAUCGUUGAAGGUUUCAAGAGAAAGAUACAAGAGGAGGAAAAGUUGAUAAGGGCGAGCUAUGCAGAAUCAACCGAGUGGAUCGAAUCCAGCGAGUUCGUAGACAUGAUCCUCCACGACUCAGUUUUCAUAAUAGAAUACCUCUUAAGACUCGGUCGCCAUAAUGACGCCACAAAAAAGACAGAUGACAUUCUUAUUAACCAACCUUUUCUCCAAACCAACAUCUGGGAGGAUUUCAUUUUGCUCGAAAACCAACUUCCUUAUUUCAUUCUCCGCAAAAUGUUCGACCCUUUCGUGGAAACCCAUGGUGAUAGGAAAAAAACAUUUCGUAAGCUCAUCCUGGAAUUUUUCAACGUCGAGAGUAAGAUCAAGGACGCCACAGAGUUUAAGCAUUUUUUAGAUUUACUUCGGUGCGCACGCGUGGAGACGCUUCCCGAAAGGGUUCCGAAAUCGGAUGAGAAAGACGCAACCAUCAGUCAUAUGUGCACGGCCGAGAAGUUAGACAGCGCAGGAGUAAAGUUUGAGGCAAUAGACAAUGAGUUAUCAUUGGAAGUCAAGUUCGAAAGGGGUCGCCUGAAAAUACCUACUUUCUUCGCACAGGACAGUCUGGAGAUCGAACUGAGGAACGUGAUGGCGUUCGAGCAGUGCCACUACCCAUACACAUCGUACGUCUGCAACUACGUCUCAUUCUUGGAUUUCCUCAUCGACACAGAAAAAGACGUCGACUUACUCAUCGAGAAAGGAGUGAUAAAGAACUGGAUGGGGUACGGGGGUUCGGUAGUGGACAUGGUGAACAAGCUCGUCUCGGGGGUCGUGGAGGAAAACUCAUACUAUUCCGACAUAAUCAAAUCGCUCAACGAUCACUACAAAAGCUCUUACAACAGGUCCUGCGCCAUGCUCAGUCGCGUCUACUUCUCCGACCUGUGGAAAGGGACAGCCACUGUCGCCGCCGCCAUUCUCCUCAUCUUGACUCUCAUUCAGACGGUGGCUUCGGUCAUCCAGCUUUUUCAGACCGGAAAAUAACAAGACAGAGUUUAAUCUUCCUUUACGCAACUCAACUGUGUUCCGUUUGCUUACGUUUCUGUCUGUUUGUUAAGUUUGGUAUUGUCAAGUGAGGUGCUCUGUUGUUGUUAAUCUCUCUACGUUACGGGUAUGUUAUUACACUCUCAUAAUUAUGCUUUUUUAUUUUUAUAUCGUCAAGUAUCAUUCCAA